UUCGUUCGCCCAGUUGCCCUGUUGGUCCAUGAUGAGGUUUCAAUUUCUUCUCCUCCUCCUGAUCGCUUCGGCCUUCUGUGCUUCUAGUUCAUCAGAAGAAGAAAAUAAAUUUUCUAAGAUUGAAGAUAUUUCUCAAGAAGAUGGUUUUCAAGAUGACGAAACCGAUCAAAUUCCUAAACUUGAAGAUGUUGAUGAUGAAGAAGACGAUUUUCAAGGUUCUGUGUCAGACUGGAAAAUAAAGCUCAAAUCAGUGCAAGAUGUUCCUGGCCUCACCGACAAGAUGUUGACGGAAGCGAUCGAUGAAGCUAAGAGAGAGACAGAAGAGGAUGAAAAACGUACUCCUCGUCAAAAGAGCGUCGCUUUACAGUCACAUUACAAACGAUUCGUACCAGACCUAGAACCUGCUCGAAUCGGCGCCAUGGUCAUGGAGAGAACUGUAAAACGACUAGCCACUAAACUCAGGUUGAGCGAAAGAGAAGCUGCACAAGCACUUGUGGGUCUGCAAAGUGAUCAUCUGCAACAGCUAUACGAUGAUAAAGAGGAGAAUGAUUACGUACACAAUCAACGCCAUUUCAAUACCUAUCGCACCAUCACUGGCAAAUAUAACAAUCUCUAUCACGUUAAGUGGGGGAGUGCACGAACUCCUUUCAGACGCCUUAUUCGACCAGCUUAUGGAAAUUGUAUUUCCACGCCUCGGCUCGCAAGGGGUUCUGGGAAACUUCCCAACGCGCGUAAAGUCAGUUUAAUAGUCUUCAAGAAUAGAAAUAUCAACUCAGUUAAAAUGUCACACAUGGCGAUGAUCUGGGGUCAGUUCCUAGAUCAUGAUAUCACUAUUGGGGCACAACCUGAUGUCGACUGCACCGGGACCUGCGGUUUGUCUGGAGAAUGUUUCGGGAUACCCGUUCCUGUUGGUGACAAGCCAUUCAGAAGUAAAGGGAAAACUUGUAUCGAGCUUAAGCGUGAUGUACCAGUGGUAGUAAGACGUUCCACGUUAUCAUACCGCGAGCAAGUAAACCUCAAGUCUGCAUACAUUGAUGCCUCGCAGAUAUACGGAGAUGACCCGACGGUUUUCCGAGACCUGCGCCGCUCUGGAACUCCUUUUCUUCGAGAUCGAAAACAUCCCAAGGGCAGAAGUUUUAAGAAUUUGUUGCCUAAACAAAUUGGGGGCUUCUGUCGAACCUCGAACGUGAAAACGAUGCCAUGUUUCAAGGCUGGAGAUGAAAGAACCAAUGAAAAUCCAGGCUUAGGCUCCAUGCACACGAUAUGGCUUCGAGAACACAACCGCAUCGCUACUGAAUUGAAGAAAAAGAACUCCCACUGGACAGCAGACACAGUUUUCUAUGAAACGCGUAAAAUAGUCGGUGCCAUGGUACAGCAUAUCACCUACAACGAGCUCUUGCCUCUCAUACUGAACCGAAGAACGAGAAACGCUUUUGACCUGGUUCGGAAAACGAAAGCGUUUUAUUAUGGAUACAACCCGAUUAUUGAUGCAACGAUCUCUAAUUCCUUCGCCGCGGCCGCCUAUCGCUUUGGACAUAGUCUAGUCCAAAACAAGCUUAACCGGUUUGGCAGGAAUUACCGGAAGAUCAAUCCCUCUAUCUCAAUGAACCGGUUCCUUGACCCAACCUUCCUCUACCAGACAAACAAGGGGGGAAUAGACUCUAUUUUACGAGGCCUUGCGAAGGACAGGUCGCAAAAAGUUGACAGAUUUUUCGCCAAAGCAGUUCAGGAACAGCUUGUGCGUGGUCCAGGAGACUUAGCUGAUCUAGCGGCCUUGAACAUCCAGCGAGCAAGAGAACGUGGCAUACCUGGCUACAACGAGUAUCGAAAAUGGGCUGGCCUGAAAAAAAUCACAAGCUUUCAACAACGGAGAACCUCCAUUCCACUGGUUAGAUUGAGGAUUUUGAAGAAAGUUUACAAACACCCAGAUGAUAUUGAUCUCUUUGUGGGUGGGUUGUACGAGAAGCCGUUACGAGGUGCAGUUCUGGGAAGAGUAUUCAGCUUCAUACUUGCUGAUCAAUUCCAACGCCUGAGACGCGGUGAUCGGUUUUGGUACGAGAACCCAGGAGUAUUUACAGCUAGGCAGUUGAAAGAGAUCCGAAAAGUGAGGUUGUCGAACGUCAUCUGUCGCAACAGUGAUGGUAUUCGCCGUAUUCAACGUUGGGCACUGAGGCGGCAAAAGAAGCCCGUGGCAUGCUCUACCCUCCUAAGAUAUUCAAUGAACUUGAACAAGUGGAGGUCAUUACCUAUUUACUCUUAAAUCAGGGCAACUUCACGAUGACAUCACCAUACUGCAAAUACCAGAAUCCUUGUUGUCACUUUCCCAUUGUUCUACCUUAAUGGUCCCUUAACUGGAUUUCCAGAAACGUAAUGUCCUGUAUCAUAAAGCCCUUCGAAUGAAAUUCUUACCUUGAGCUUGAUUUGUGUGUUUUACUCCUAAUAUAAUAAGCCCUAAGAUUUCAGAGCACUUUAAUCUAUGAGAUGAGAAGGAUUUCCAGUCGUGUUUUCACUUACCAUAUCUAAACAAUAUUCCCUUAAAACCUCCCCCCUCCCCCACAUUUUUAUCAAGUAUGAAAAGUCUGGUAGUAGUAGUAGAUGCGUCAUGAUACAGUACAACGCAUUUUAAAAUUAAAAAUUAAAAUUAAACUUGGCCUUAAUUAAAGUAAAGCCGUAAAUGGAAUGGUUAAGAUAAAAUUUAGUAUAGAUAACAUUGGUUACAGUAAUGAGUAAAUAAGAGUGAAUAAAGAGCACAUUCAAAUCGA